AAUAUAUAUUCGAAAGUCCAUAUGCAAGCUGUUCGUGUUGCCACGAAUACAAUGGAAAAGAAAUAUUGUAUGAAUGCUGUGUCUGUUAUAGAAGAUAUCAUGAUUAUUGCCAUAUUCCUAUCAUCGUUUCCAGGAGUGAAAAAACAAAUAAAAUAUGGCGCUGCACAAUGUGUGAAGACAUGAAUACCUUGUCAAUGAUUUUAGGCAAAGAUGAUGACCAAGAAAAUAUUUCCGUUGGCACAGUUGGGCGAAAAAUUGCUGAGCGUAUAUUAAUGGAAUUGUACUGUAACACAGAAGGAAGUGAUAUUUUCAGUGUACGUCCCAAUCCAAUUAUUCAUCCGGAGUAUUUUGCAAGCAUUGGCCGUGAAAUAGCAUUAAAUGAUGUUAGAGAUUUGUUGAUUAGAAACGAAAAUUAUAAGCUCAGUGAGGUUGUAGAAGAUAUAAAACAAGUUUUAGUUAAUGCAAUGUCAUACUAUGAGGUCGGUGAUCCAUAUUUUAAUUCAGCGAGGAGACUUCUUAAUCAUCUACACAGAAUGUACCAAUCAUGGAUAGCUUAGAUAGAUAUAGCUGUAGAUCAUAGUUUAUAAGAUGAUCAAUGGCUGUUUGUAUUGCACACAAUGGACUUUAAAAAAGAAACAAUUUUUGAGUUAUGCCCAUCAUUUUCUUUUUUCACCAACAAUAAUAAUAAUCUUUAAUUAUAAGCAGCAAUGUACAUAAUAUAUUACAUAAUAAUAACUUAAAUUUACUUAACAUUAACUUCUUUUUUGAA